AUGGUGUUCAAAUCACUCAAGGACUUUAUACAUUCAUCGCGGCUCAACCAUCUGUCACUCUACAACGUUCAAGGGUUACAGCAAGGAAUACUAUCGCAAAGUGAUAUCAAACACCUUAUUCUAUACCAGGCAACGGAAGCAUCAGCAGAUUCAAGUUUAGUUGAGGACUUGAAUAGUAUUCCUGACUCAGACUCGGAGGAAGAAGAAAGUCAGCUCGGAAUAUGCCCGUUGGAGUCCCUUGAAACUGAUAUGGGUAUGACAAUAGCUGAACAUGCUAAACUAUUCCGCGUCUACUCCCACUCUUCUGGUGCUGAGCACCAUCUACUUGACGGUGUUAUGUUUCCGUUCCUUAGCAGGCUGAGGCUGUACCAUUCUAGAAUUGACACUAGAGAAUUCAAUAUAAUGGUUAACGAGAUACUUUUGAAUACACCGGUCCUCGAAGAUCUGUUCAUAUACAACGCUGGAAAGCUAUCAAUUCAAUUUCGUCCAGAGGGCAGUGUGUUGCCUCUGCGAUAUAACCAUCUCACUAGGCUCCGGUCCUUCUCAUUGGGCGCAAGCGCGCCACAUUAUAAGCAGAUGGAGACUCUCGAAUGUCUCUGCGCAGACAAACCUCCCCCGAGCUUGCGUGAGGUUGUCAUAGAUAUCAUGAUAGAUCUGCGCCACGGACUCUUGAAUGGUGUCAGAGAUGCAGAAAGAUAUAUCAGCUGGCUCGGUCUGCAUAGAACCGACGCGUUUCUACGCAGACCUGGGUUUGAAGGAGUGAAAAAAUUCGUCGUCAGAAUCGGUAUGGCAAUGGAUAUAUUCCAACCAGAAGACCUGGACAGAGAGUCGGUUGACGGGAUUGUGACCCCGUGGAGGGACACCGUAAGGAAAGCGAUAACCGGCCUGUUAGAGAUGAAAUACCAAGGGGUGAAUGUCCAAUUGGAGUUGUGA